AAACGGUCAUACAAAAUAUAAGAAAUUUCAAGUUAACUUUGUGUUUAUAAAUAUGGAUAAUAAUGAUUCAAAAGCAACAGAUGAAAUUUCUGCUCAGCAGUCUAUUGCGUUGAGACGUGAACUACGUAGAAAGAAAAUAUUGGAAGCCUCUAAGUCACGACUAGACAAAUUAAAUGGCAGAGUUUCAGCACUACAGAACGAAAACAUAGAUGACGGACCUACAAAUACCCAAUACUCCGACCCAGAGGUGGAGCCGGAUAUUCCCGUUAAACGUUCAUUUUUGCCGGAACAACCUGCGACCCCGGUAGUCAGUGCUCCAAAUAUAUUGCUGAAGAGCAGAGUUCACAUUAUCUUGGCAGCUGUCGUAGGAUUCAUACUAGCGUUAUAUACCAAUAGCAGCGUUUUCUUUCCUGUUCUGCUCUUUGUGAUUUUGGAACUUGCAUUUCUGCAGUAUCAUAAACGCGACUGCUUGCCGCCCAGCGUGGGACCGAUGUUACUUAUGUUCAUUAAUCCAAAUAUUACCAACAAAAUUAAGCAGUUUAGCAGUAUAUUUUUGAUCCUCCAGUCACUUUUGGGUGAUCUUGCUAUCACUGUCUGUGUGGUGUGCUCAGGAAGCGUGUUGUUAUUAAAUUUUAACUCUGAUUUUGUUACCGUCUUGAAAUAAAGAUAAUAGUUGUGA